AUGUGCAUCCUCGUCUUCUCCCUCAUCUGUACACUCUACUCAACAAUUGACGCGAUCCCAACUGUCCUUCUCCCGGCACUUGCCCCUCCCCUCUGCAGCGACCUCUCUCACAACUACCUCACAGGCCGCGCACUGAAGCCUCUUGCUCCACUGGGCUGUGCCUUGGUGCGGCAGCGGCAGGAGGCAGCAUGCAAUGCAUUCUGUGGCGUCUCCUCUGCAGCUGGUGGUGCUGCUGCGUGUGGUGGACAUGGAGUGUGCUAUCCACAGGGGCCUAGCUUGGCACCCGCAUGUCUGUGUGAUGCUGGAUUCGUGCGAUCUGGAGACAUUGGCUGUCUUGCUCAAGGCCAGAACAGGAAUUUCUCAAACAGCCAGCCAAUUCUCCCGCCAGCAUCUGUGCUCACCAGGGGGACGCAGCGGGAGACGAGGGGGGACUUCACCACAGCUCCGGUGACCCUGUUUGUGUUCGAGGCAGGGCAGGGGCUGUCGGGGUGUGGGCUGCAGCUCGCCUUCCAUGCCAACUUCACCUUCUCCCUCUCGCCUCAAUCCGGCCGCGUGGGCUUCAACGGCUUUGCCUUUGUUGUCUCGGCAACCGACCGGGUGGGGAGAGGCACUGGUGUGGGGUAUGGUGAAAUGGACAAGCGGAGUGUGGCAGUUGAGUUUGACAGUCGGCAGGACAAGCAGCACGGCGACAUGAGCAGCCAGCAUGUGGGGCUGAACAUUCGAGGCGAGGAUAAGUCGCUAGCCGCUGUGCCGUCACCAUUCCCUCUGAGCAGCAAGAAGGCAUACACGGCAUGGGUGGACUAUGAGCCGGGGGAUCCCGGCACCAUCCAGGUCUUCCUGGCUGACUCGAAGGAGAAGCCGCAGGAGGCGGUGUUGGAGAGGAGGCUGGCGCUGUGCGAGGUGCUGCAGGGUGGGGUUGAUCAGCACGCCUUCUUCUUUGGCUUCGUGGCCUCCACCACUGUGAAGCCGUUUCAGAAACACGUCAUUCUUGAAUCUACAGUGGACACAGGCCUUCCUUCUCCUCCUCGGCCAGUUACAAUUACUCCAUCUUAUGGCUUGCAGCUAUUAACGAACACGUACAUGCCAGAGUGGGCCAGCCCCUUCCCGCGCUACGUGAGUGCGGACUACCGAGUGGCGCCCGGCAAGCAGGACUCGUGGGUCAUCAGCGACUUCCACUCCUGGGACUCCGUGCCCUUCCUCGGUUGGCCCGUCAAGGACCAGAAAGACUGCAAUGCUUGUUGGGCGUUUGCGCUGGUGGCGAGCGUGGAAGCGGCAUACGGCAUUGCAACGAAUCGGGAGGCGCCGCAGCUGUCAGUGGAGUCACUCUUUGCAGCCAUGGGGCUCACCUCCGAGGCUGACAAGUGCAGCACGGGGGGCUCCCCCACCGAGGCAUUGGAAACGCUUCUCAUUCUGCCCAAUGGCGGAAUCACAAAGGCUGGCGCUCCUAAUAAGAAGUACCCUGUUCACGCAUUUGAGCGCACCCGGUUCAAGGGGUUUGUGGGGCUCAUGCUGGCAGUUCGACGACAGCCAGUGGUGGUUCACAUAGAGGCUUCUGCUCGAGAGUUCGCGCAAUACGACGGGACCUUCAAGUACCAGGACCCUGGCUGCUACACCGGCAGACUGAACCACGCUGUACUCGUUGUUGGCUACUUCGUCUUGAGAAAUGACGGCAGCCAAAAUCGCAUUGCGCCUCCAUUUUGGAUUAUCCGCAACUCGUGGGGAGUGGAGUGGGGCGACAGAGGCCACAUGCGUAUGGACAUUCAGGGAGGUGAUGGCAUGUGUGGCAUCAACGUGCUGCCUGGCAUCUACCCCAUUGUCAAGAGCAGCCAUUUGUUCAAGUUGCUAAUGGAUAUGGCUUCCAAACAUGUGCUUAUUUGGACGUCUGAAUUGAAGAACCCCUGCUAUGUGGGCACAUGCAUCAACGAUGGCAAGGGCUCCUACUCCUGCAUCUGCCCUCCCAACUACGUUGAAAGCACAACCAUUGACAACUUCCCUACCUGCGACCCAGCCAACACCACGGCCAGCACCCUGGCAGUGAGUGGAAGCAACUGGUGGUGCUCCGAUGUUCUCCCUCUUGUGGGCCUCUCACUUGCACAAUUCACGCAGAAUAAUCCGGCCAUUGACUGCAGUCGUCCUUUGCCUCGUAACGUGGUGCUUCAACUGGGGAAUUCUCUCCUCAUUCCCUGCACCGCAUUCUUCUACACCAUCAGCAGCGACACAUGCUGGUCCAUCAGCACGCAGCUGGGCCUCACCAGCAGCAACCUCACUGCUCUCAAUCCCGGCCUCGACUGCUUCGAGCCCAUCAAGGCGGGUCGCUCUCUGUGUGUCGAACGCAACGCCACCUUCGCUUUCACCGUCCCUCAGUGCUCGCGAUACGGUGUGCUCACACCACAAGACACGUGCGAGCGCCUGCUGCGGCAGGUGGCAGGGAGUGAGGGCGACCCAACAGGGGCUGGGGAGGUGAAUGCCAUGCGCUGGGCUGAGCUGUGCCGCAACAAUCCCGGCCUCAUCUGCUCUGAUGUCAUCCCGAUCACCGCCUCUGCUGUUGGAAGCAACACUGUCGUGCAGAUUUGCCUACGAGCAGAGUAUUGGUCAUUCGAUGUCGGCAGAUGCAAGAAGGGUUCCGCGUUUCCUGCAAUGAACCCUCUGGAUAAACCACUUGUCGCUGUUAAAGAGCAUUUUGUUAAGGUUCGGUUAUACCUUCCUUCCGGGGUGAAACCAUCUAUCGGGGUUCGGUCAUAA